ACGACCUCUGUCACAAUAGAUGGGGCAGGACUUGAAGCAAAACUCCAGGUUCUAAAAUGGCAGCGUCCAUGGAGCUAAGCUUGAACAAUUUACCCUCCGAUCCUUUGCUGUUAAUGUUAUCAUUUCUUGACUUUAGAGAUUUGAUCAGGUAUGUAUAAGACACUUCAGAUGGAUAAAUGCCUGUGCAAAAAAUGCCAUACGAGUUUAUGUUGUGUAAUAGAGCUAUGCUUAGCCACAGACGCUAGCUAUAACGUUCUCAAGAAGCUGUUGGCUAGCAAGCUAAGCAAAUAAUUAACUUUUGUUUACUAGCUAGCUUACUAUUGCAUGACAGUUUGUUGUCUUUCUUGGUUGUUUUGGUCAUGGUCUUAUUCAAUAUGACAGUUUCAGGAAUAGUUAUUGCAUAACAUUUAACUUUCAAUUAGCCCUGGGCUAAUUUAGCAUCGCUAGUUAGAGUUGGCGUAACAGCUAAUGCUGCGUUGAUAACCAAGUGGGAAAGUGGUAUUUAGUAGUUUGAUAACGACUCCACUUUAACGCCCCUCCAACUUGUAAUUACUAGUGGGAAACGUGUAUAUAUCAUCCAUGUUCUCCGACAUCUCCCACAUGCUGACCUCUGACAUCACCUACCAUGAAAUGACCUCGAUAACAGCAUUUACGGCAGUAACAUGUAUUGUUUAUAAAAAUAUAAAUAGCUUUAUUCAUAUGGUUUUUUAACACUAAUUUGUUUACAAGCAUGAUAGCGCUACUUUAAGUUGAUGGUUGAUGCAGCUUGUUGGACAUUCAUUUACAUUUUAGUCAUUUAGCAGAUGCUAAGAGAGACUUAAAGUUAGUGAGUGCAUACAUUUUUUUUUUCAUACUACAUCAGCCAAUCAUUGUUUCUCAACGAGUUCAAAGUACUUGAAUGCAGCCAACUGGUAAAGUAUGAAAAAUGUAUGCACUGGAUAAGAGCGUCUGCUAAAUGACUCAAAUGUAAAAACAUGUAAAAUGUAUAUACGUCUCCACAACUAGUAAUUACCACCUUCCCACUUGGAUAUGAACGCAGCAUAAUGGUUUGUUUUGCUUUCAGAUGCCUUGUUGUUGUAGCUAGCUAACGUUACUUAUCCGGUAUCCCAUUCAAAUUAGACGGUAAAUGUUAUUAAACAUUAUACCGCGUCUAUUCACAAAGCUGUCUGCCGCCUGAGGAGAUUUUGCAGACGCUCCGACGCUGUCCACAAAUGCUCUUUCUAAACACAAGAGCCCAGCACAAGAUACAAUUUUCGAAAGAUUUGGAACUUAAAGGUGCAAUAUGCAGAAAUCGCUCCGCCAUUUCCUGGUUGCAAAAAUUCUAAUAGUUCGCCAAAUGUUAGUUUAUGUGACAAAACAAGCAAUGCGUAGUGUUGAGAAUCACUGUGCAAUCUAAACCGCUGUGAAAUAUAUUUUCAAUAACCAAAAAUAUUGUGUUUUCAUCUGUUUGAACCUGCUGUACAAAACCAAAAGUAAAAGACUCAAAAACGAAAUUUAGGAUGGGGAAGCAUAGAAAUAGCACGUAUAGAACAUAUCUACUGUUUCUUAUACUUGCUUUAAUGACAGCAUGUCAGAUCUAUAACUCACUAUUCUAUGGAAUUUGGUCAUAGCCCAAAAAGUAACAUAUUGCAGCUUUAACUUUUAAUAUUAACAAUAAAUACUUUUUCAAAUACAAAAUAUACACUUACUGUAUGCAGUUUAUGAAAGUUGUACCUGGCUGUAUUUUGAGAAACAGAAAAUGUGGAAUGGAAUGGUCCAAUGGAAAUGUGCGUGCAAGGUGAGAGGGUGUGUUGUAGGGAGGCAGCAUGUGAAAAACAGCCGGUUGCAGCUUUGCUAAACUGCGCACCUUUAGUGUAUCUUUUGUAUUUGAAAGAUUAUUUCUCGCUAGUAUGAAAGUUAAGUUCCAAAAGUUUCCAAAACCUUAUCGCAAGUGAUGGCGCCGGAGAAGAUGGCUGCCAUUUUACAGCACUCUAACCAAUUGUAUUACCUCGACUAACUGGUACCCCCUGUAUAUGAAAUAACAUUAAAUUUGAUUUGCAUUUAGACAGAGCGUCGGUGUUAAACAGAGUGUAGGGAUUAUAGUUCAUGAGGGAGUCAGCUGUGAUCAGUACCAUGAGCUGAGAACCCAAGGGUGGACAGGCUGUAAACUGUGUAUACCCAAAGAGGAAGAGAGAGGCCCAACUCGGCUGAAAAUCUGUCUCCCUCCAGCAGGUGGUGUUUUGUUGUUGUUUCGCCCAUCAAGCAAGGAGUUUUUGUAUGGCGGUCAAUAAGAGAGUGUUGAAUUUGGUCAACAAAUAUAUGAAUGGCUUAUUUGCUACGUGAGGUUUAUUUGAUUUAAUAGAAGUUUCAAAAUGCUUAUGUUACGGUGUGUACUGGUAUAAUAAGUAAGACAUUUACAGUGAGGGAAAAAAGUAUUUGAUCCCCUGCUGAUUUUGUACGUUUUCCCACUGACAAAGACAUGAUCAGUCUAUAAUUUUAAUGGUAGAUUUAUUUGAACUUUGAGAGACAGAAUAACAACAACAAAAUCCAGAAAAACAUAUCUCAUAAAUGUUAUAAAUUGAUUUGCAUUUUAAUGAGGGAAAUAAGUAUUUGACCCCUCUGCAAAACAUGACUUAGUACUUGGUGGCAAAACCCUUGUUGGCAAUCACAGAGGUCAGACGUUUCUUGUAGUUGGCAACCAGGUUUGCACACAUCUCAGGAGGGAUUUUGUCCCACUCUUCUUUGCAGAUCUUCUCCAAGUCAUUAAGGUUUCGAGGCUGACGUUUGGCAACUCAAACCUUCAGCUCCCUCCACAUAUUUUCUAUGGGAUUAAGGUCUGGAGACUGGCUAGGCCACUCCAGGACCUUAAUGUGCUUCUUCUUGAGCCACUCCUUUGUUGCCUUGGCCGUGUGUUUUGGGUCAUUGUCAUGCUGGAAUACCCAUCCACGACCCAUUUUCAAUGCCCUGGCUGAGGGAAGGAGGUUCUCACCCAAGAUUUGACAGUACAUGGCCCCGUCCAUCGUCCUUAUGAUGCGGUGAAGUUGUCCUGUCCCCUUAGCAGAAAAACACCCCCAAAGCAUAUUGUUUCCACCUCCAUGUUUGACGGUGGGGAUGGUGUUCUUGGGGUCAUAGGCAGCAUUCCUCCUCCUCCAAACACGGUGAGGUGAGUUGAUGCCAAAGAGCUCGAUUUUGGUCUCAUCUGACCACAACACUUUCACCCAGUUCUCCUCUGAAUCAGUCAGAUGUUCAUUGGCAAACUUCAGACGGCCUGUAUAUGUGCUUUCUUGAGCAGGGGGACCUUACGGGCGCUGCAGGAUUUCAGUCCUUCACGGCGUAGUGUGUUACCAAUUGUUUUCUUGGUGACUAUGGUCCCAGCUGCCUUGAGAUCAUUGACAAGAUCCUCCCAUGUAGUUCUGGGCUGAUUCCUCACCAUUCUCAUGAUCAGGUAGCUUAGUGGUUAAGAGUGUAGUGCCAGUAACCGAAAGGUCGCUGGUUCUAAUCCCCGAGCCGACUAGGUGAAAAAUCUGUCGAUGUGCCCUUGAACAAGGCACUUAACCCUAAUUGCUCUUGUAAGUCGCUCUGGAUAAGAGCGUCUGCUAAAUGACUAAAAUUUAAAAAAUUUAAUCAUUGCAACGCCACGAGGUGAGAUCUUGCAUGAAGCCCCAGGCCGAAGGAGUUUCUUCCAUUUGCGAAUAAUCGCACCAACUGUUGUCACCUUCUCACCAAGCUGCUUGGCGAUGGUCUUGUAGCCCAUUCCAGCCUUGUGCAGGUCUACAAUCUUGUCCCUGACAUCCUUGGAGAGCUCUUUGGUCUUGGCCAUGGUGGAGAGUUUGGAAUUUGAUUGAUUGAUUGCUUCUGUGGACAGGUGUCUUUUUUAUACAGGUAACAAACUGAGAUUAGGAGCACUCCCUUUAAGAGUGUGCUCCUAAUCUCAGUUUGUUACCUGUAUAAAAGACAACUGGGAGCCAAAAAUCUUUCUGAUUGAGAGGGGGUAAAAUACUUAUUUCCCUAAUUUAAAAUUCAAAUCAAUUUAUAACAUUUUUGACAUGCGUUUUUCUGGAUUUUUUUGUUGUUUUUCUGUCUCUUACUGUUUAAAUAAACCUACCAUUAAAAUUAUAGACUGAUCAUUUCUUUGUCAGUGGGCAAACGUACAAAAUCAGCAGGAGAUCAAAUACUUUUUUCCCUCACUGUACAUCCCGGCAACUUUGAGAUAAAACACUUUAUAUCGGAGUUGUCUCGAAAUGGCUAUGCUUAUUCAUGUUAUGAGGCUCGUAGUAUAGCAUCUCUCUCCAUUGAAUAUAGGCGGAAACAAUAGGUGGGAGCAAGACAGCCCGCCGUGCCGCUUUGCAGACAUUGUUAGGGCGGAGAGACAUGUAUCUUGACAGGAUAUCCAUAAUCUUUGGUAUACCCCUUGUGUUCUUCAGAGCUACUUAUUUGCCAGAUUAUUAGCAUCCUAGCUAGCUAAUGCUAACCUGGUUCUGUUAUUUUAUAAGCCUCAAAUGAUUCUCCCCUGUAUGAAGUGUGAUUUCAAGAGAAAUUGGCUAGCUAAAAGAAAUAGCAAGCUAGCUUUGCAUUCCUAGCUAGAUGUCAGCUGAUUGAAUUUCUACAGGUAUCGCACCAUCACGUCCUGAUAUGCAGAGUCUGGGCAAAACACUGAAAUUCAUGCAAAGAACCUGCUAACUAGCAAUAACUUUUUUUUAUUUUCUAUCCUUAGUUGCAGUUUUGUGAGUAGACGACUCAACGAGCUUUCCAGUCACAACCCAUUAUGGAAAGGCCUCUGUCUCAAACAUUGGCUCUUAACCGAGUAAGUGUGUUGAUAAACAACGAAAAACAUGGAUUUCAUCAGCCUAUGGACAGUUCAAAGCCCGUGUAUGAGAAUCUUGUCUGUAGCAAAGAGUAGAGUUGUAGUUAACUUCCUGUGGAUUGUGAUGAAGAGUAACAGCAAAACAUUCACAUAAAAACGUUUCAAACUGAAAAGGAUUCAAAAUGGCUUGUACCAACAUUAUUUUGAUCUCUUAUUUGAUGUAUUAAUCAGGAAUGUUUGUACUGAUUACUGAAUAUGUGUUUAUUUUGCAAACUGAAUAGUACUGAGUAGUUUUAUUUAGCAAAAUAUUUUGUUGUUGUUGAGCAGGUCAGACAAAAUCCAGAAGGCUCAAACCUGGAAGGAACUCUUCCGAGAGUUCUAUACUGACUUGGGACACUACAUUGAUCACUAUGGCACCCUAAAGAGAGCCUGGGAUGACCUGAAGAGAUACCUUGACCAGCGGUGCCCCAGGAUGAUUGCCUCUCUCAAAGGUAAGCCUCCACAAGGAAUACACUCUGCCACUUUAAGUGAUUUGAUAGCUGUGAGAUGGUUCAAUGGAACCAUUAGGCCUUAUUAUCAUAAAAUCCUCAACCAAUGUGUUGAUGGAUUUCCAAAUGUAUUGGAUAGAAAAUCCAUACCUUUUUUAUUUAUUUGUCAUUUAUGUUUGCCUAAUUCAUUUUUAUGAUUUCCCCUGAGCAGAAGGAGCGAAGGAGGAAGAGCUGGAUAGCAUUGAGGCCCAGAUUGGUUGCAAGCUUUCAAAUGACUACCGGUGCUCGUACCGAAUACACAAUGGGCAGAAGCUGGUCGUUCCUGGGUAUGCGAGUACUUGAAUCCAAAUAUUUGUUUGUCUAUUUGUUUUUGUGCUACUGAGCUGAAUAAGAUGAAUUUACAUGAAAAAAUUGACAUGAAAAGUAUACUUAUGGUAAAAAUGAUCUACCCCUAUUUUCUUCCAGGUUAAUGGGAAGCAUGGCCCUGUCUAACCACUACCGCUCAGAGGACCUGCUGGAUAUUGAAACGGCAGCAGGUGGCUUUCAGCAGCGCAAGGGCAUGAGGCAGUGUUUGCCCCUCACCUUCUGCUUCCACACAGGCCUCAGCCAAUACAUGGCCCUGGAGGGCACUGAGGGCCGCAGCCACAGCGAGAUCUUCUACCACUGCCCGGUCAGUUUCCAUAUGAGACCCCGGCCCCCUCCCCCAUUACAACAGGGAGACAGACUUUUAUUCUCACACACAGGAUAGGGUUGAAAAGAAGAAGAAAGUGGGUAGCAUUGCUUAGUAAUGAUAAACAACUCCUUAAUUUGAGUAUUUAGGUUUCAUAUGUUAUUUGGGACAGAUGCAACUCAUUGCAACUGGGGUAGCCAUUUUCUAGUUAUGUCACCAAGUCGGUUGCAAACAGCUUCCAGUGUUUACAUAUCAUAAAUUGUCUGGGGCAAGGAAAACUCUUUGCCACUGGGGGCAGCCUAUUUCUAGCUAUGUGAUCUCACCACAGGCAGGAGAUAAUGUUGAAUAAUGGAAAUUAACUAAUGGCAGGGGUGGAAAAAUUACCCAAUUUUCAUACUUGAGUAAAAGUAAAGAUAUCUUAAUAGAAAAUGACUCAAGUACUUGAGUGAAAGUAUAAAAGUAUUUGGUUUAAAAUAUAUUUAAGGAUCAAAAGUAAAGGUAUAAAUAAUUUCACAUUCCUUAUAUUAAGCAAACAGACGGCACAAUUUUCUAUUUACAUUUUUUAAUUUACGGAUAGCCAGGGGCACACUCCAACACUCAGACAUCAUUUACAAACAAAGCAUUUGUGUUUAGUGAGUCUGCCAUAUCAGAGGCAGUAGGGAUGACCAGGGAUGUUCUCUUGAUAAGUGUGUGAAUUUUACCAUUUGCCUGUCCUGCUAAGCAUUCGAAAUUUAACGAGUACUUUUGGGUGUCAGGGAAAAUGUAUGGAGUAAAAAGUACAUUAUUUUAUUUAGGAAUGUAGUGGAGUAAAAGUAGUCAAAAAUAUAAAUAGUAAAGUACAGAUACCCCCAAAAACGACUUAAGUAGUACUUUAAAGUAUUUUUACUUAAGUACUAAUGGAUGACUAAUAGGAUUGUUCUACAUUUUUCUAUUAUAGGAUCAAAUGGCACAAGAUCCAUCUGCAAUUGACAUGUUCAUCACAGGUAUGAUGAGCUAUUAGUUUGUUACAUAUAUUAUAACAAUAUUUCAGUUAUGUUGUGUGAAAAUGUUGCAAUGCUCAACUUGCAGUGAGAUGUUGCAAUGAAACAUUAUUACGCAAAUCUAGGAAGUGUUCAAGGUACAGAGGUUGCGGCGCCCCGUUAAUCUCUCCCCAAUCAGACUUAAACUGGAAGGCACUGCUCCUAUUCUUGAGAUUGUGGACUAACUGCAUGAUAGGAGAUGUGAAAUAUAAACUGUUGUAUUGCAACAUAGCACUACAUGAAUGGAAUAAAUGGAUUGUUUGCUUGCAAAAUUAAUAUUUAUUGAUAUUCAAUGUGUUAGUUCCUCAACAUAAAUGGCCCUGUGUAGCUCAGUUGGUAGAGCAUGGCGCUUACAACGCCAGGGUUGUGGGUUCAAUUCCCACGGGGGGCCAGUAUGAAAAAUGUAUGCACUCACUAAAAACUGUAAGUCGCUCUGGAUAAUAGUGUCUGCUAAAUGACUAAAAUGUUAAAUAAAUGGGUUUGAACUGCUUAUGCAGUGUCUCACACUUACUCAUUAUUUUGCUUCCUCUCACGGUAAUUUCUCACCUUAGGGUCCAGCUUUACUGAGUGGUUUACCUCGUACGUCCGUAAUGUGGUAACAGGAGAAUACCCAAUCAUCCGGGAUCAGAUCUUCAGGUAACCUCCAUUGACUUUCCCAUUCUUGAAUACCUAACUGGUACAGGCAGGGAGGUCGUAGUUUCUGUGUCAUGAUGGCAAUACUCAACAAUAUGUAGUAGGGCUGACCCCAUUUACUCGAUUGGUCGAUAGGCUGUUGGUCGACCGAGAUUUCUUUAGUCGAGCAGUAGCAAAAUAAAUAUUUAAAAAAUAAAAUAUAUAUAUAUAUAUAUAUAUAUCAUGGUGUACAAGACAGCUGUCUGAUUCGCGCCUGUCUGAGUGGACUGAUCCAUUGUGGAGGCCGUGGGGAUGGCACAGUCCAUCACUUUAAGAGAUGUGCUACUGAAAUUGUAUAUGGUUAUAUUACAUAAGAACAAUGGUGCAACACUAAUCAAAAUAAUAUUUUAUAACAAAUGCGCUUUCUCCCGCGUUGGAUAGUGGUCGCUGUCCGCGGUUCUGAAACACAUCAGUGCGCUUUUGAAUUGGUGCCUUUUCCUAGACCAUGUUGCUAUGUGCAUAAUAGCAAAGUUAAAUAGCUUAUUGGUGUUGAGAACAAUGCGGCGGAGGCAGCAGCAGUAUGAGGAGAUGAGAAAACAGCCCAUGCCUUAUUGUCUAAGAAAAGUGAGGAGAGAGGAAACCCCAACUUAAUUAGGUCUAUAAUCAAUAGCCUAACUGUUAAAUGUGCCUGGCUUUAUAAAUCAUCAAUAUAUCUACAGAAAUAAGACAGAUCCUGCUUCUGUUGCCUGUUUGAGUGUUCAUUUAAUAGCCUACUGAUUCCGUGAGCACCAAGCGUCACGCAAUGACAUGUCAAGUAAACAAUUUCACAAAUUCGGCAGUUUUUAAUCUUUGCUUUGCUGUAAUAAAGGCUUUACACUUUUUUCUGUAAGAACAGCCUCUGGUAUUAUUUAUAAUUAAUUUAGUGUUUACACUGUUCCAAAUUGUCCGAAAAAUAAUAUUUAUAAUAAUAAUAACGCUCCUUUUUCUUGAUCUUGAUCUCGUUGUUGUUGUUAUUAUUAUUAUUAUUAUGAUCAUAAGUAAUGUCAUUAUCAUUAGUAGGCUUAGUAUAGCAGCCUUGUAUAACCACAAUUGAGCUGUAGGCCUAAGAGCACAUCCUGUUUAGUCUUAAUUACUUAUAUUUCAAUACUUAUAAAGGCUACUGUAUCAAUCAUUAAUUCGUUCAUGUCAUCACACAGCAUAUGAGUCAUUCAUGAUUUGAAAUCCAAUCAAGAAUGUUCAUUUUUUUAAAUAAUAAAGCGAACAUUGAAUAAUUAGCUUAAACAAUAAAUAAACCGUUCCAUUUCGGAAAUUGCAUUCACGAAUGAAUGCGACAGUUUUUAGUUUUUGCUGGAAUAAAUGCUUAACAACAAAAUGUUACAACAGACUCUCUGGUACGCUUAUAAUUUAUUUAGUGUUGUUUACAUUGUUCCAAUUUUAUUGUAAUCUAACAGCACCUGUUUGGCACACAUAAGAUGCAUGCAGCGCUUGCUCCUUACCUUAUUUUUCUAGAUCUCCAGUAUUUUCCACAACUAGUCAAAUUUAUUCCACACAUCUGACUUCCCCUUUACCUCAUGAGCAACCAGUAGCCUAAACAUUCCACCAUUUCGAGUUUGUCACGUCCUCUGCAUCCAUUUUGCUGUUACGGUGUUCAGAGUUUGUUCUAACCAAUUUAUUGAUGUGAUUAUGAUAUGCUAUAGGUCAGGCCCUAUUGGUCACGUGCAUGUGAUGCAUACAUGUGUCACGUAAAGAGAGCGAGGGUUGAGGGAAUAGGGAAUUUUUUUCACAACUUUUCAGUCAGAAAUGCCUGUAAUUAUGUUGCAGCUUCAGCAACACGGACAGCGCGAUAAACACUGUGGCGGUCGCUGCAGCAGGGAGGAGAGCGAGACAACGGGUGCUAGUCACACAGUCACUUGCUGUCUUUUUUUUUUUAACACAGCACAGCUAGUCUGCACAAUCAAAUCAAUUGUUGGUCAGACUCUAGUCAUUUGUGUGUCUUUUUUUUGGGGGGGGGUGGGGGCGGGGAGUCUUAAUUAUUUAAUCAAACAGUGUGCUUAAAGCAUCAGACAAGCUCAGUGAAUAUAGUUGAUUUGAUUAAAACAUAUAGGAUGUGUCUGUAUAUGGAAAAAUACACGUUUAAAAAUGUCGUCCAAUCGAUUGGUCGAAAGAACAGACAACUCUUGUUCGACCAAUAUUUUUUGGGGUCAGGGACAGCCCUAAUAUGUAGUUAACAAACAUUUAAAUCAAGGCUUCCAAAGGAUUUUGAAGGUUUAAGCUUUAUCACUAUUCACAGGUACGUCCAUGAUAAGCAGUGUGUUGCCACCACGGGGGAUAUUACUGUUUCAGUGUCUACCUCAUUCUUACCGGAGCUCAGCUCAGUGCAUCCUCCACAUUUCUUCUUCACCUAUCGGAUCAGGUACCACUAUUUACCCUACUGAUUUCAGCUCCUGAUAAUGAUUAAAAAGAUACAUGUGUAAAUGGAUCAUAAUACAACUGUCAUAACUCCCCUAACCUUAUACGUUAAAUUCUACCCUCAGGAUUGAAAUGGCAAAGGAUGCUCUCCCUGAGAAUGCUUGCCAACUGGACAGUCGUUAUUGGAAGAUCACCAAUGCUAAUGGUAACGUGGAGGAGGUCCGUGGGCCAGGUGUUGUCGGUAGGUGACUAGACUAGAGAGGAUUCUGUGGACUUACCAUAAUGUUUCAUUUUGCAUUGUCUCCAUUUGGUAGCAGUGGACAAAAACCUGUUAAGAUCUAAGAAUGAUUUACAGCUAACAGAUUACUAAUGUAAUUUUCGUGUUAUAUAUAUUAAUUAAAUAAGUUAAAACAUUUCAUGAAUAAUUAAUGCAAGAGAGAUACCAACCACAUGACAUUGUCUGCAGGAGAGUUCCCGGUGAUGACUCCGGGUAAAGUACAUGAGUACGCCAGCUGCACGACCUUCUCUACUACCUCUGAGUACAUGGAAGGCCACUACACCUUCCACCGCCUCAAGAACAAAGAGGAGAUCUUCAACGUCUGCAUCCCCCGCUUUCACAUGGUUUGCCCUCCGUUCCGUGAGUCAACGGUACGGUCGGUAAGUGUUUAUGGUGUAUGAGAAGGAGAAGGACAUGAGUAAUAAUUGGAUUCAGUUUUAAGAAACUUGGUAAAUCAAUGAUCAGGGCCAACUUUUAGGUUAGGGUUAUUCAAUUAAAAGGUUUUGAUGGUCAUUUUAUUUUUCUCACUUUUUGGGAAUACAACAAAUGGUAAAGUUUUGAAACAAGAACUUGGUUUAAUAUUUGCUCCCCCCCAUCAGCAGGGAUCGGCAAGGGAUGUUUCCAGUGCAUCUUUUAACGAAGAAAACUCAUCAGACACCGAUGACCAUAAUGAGGGUGAGCUUCGUGGCAUUAACAUGGCAGGCCCAGGGGGACGAUGUCCACGCCACAUCUGACACACUUUUCUCACCACAGGACUCAAUUAGGAAAGGGGCUGGGAAGGACAUUCACAAUUACUUAAGAGUAAAGUUUGUUUUUAUUAUUUGUAAAGCUGUAUUUACCAUUGGCUGAUAGUCAUUGCCCUAUGUGAACCUUUCUACCCCAGCUCAAUGAGAUACGACCACACCCUCUGCAAUAUGCCCUCCCAUGCAAAUCCCAGAUCGCUCCAUUGUUUUCUUUUUUUUCAACAAUGGAGCGAUCUGGAACUGGACAUUGACGAUUGAGAGCAGGGUUGUCACCUCUUUUUCAAUAGUAACAUUGUUCAUUCUCUAGCUGGCUGCCUAGUGCCUAGAGCUAAAGUGCAGAUUGUGUUCUAUCUAAAUCCUAAGUAUUCCCUUUUCUCCUUGGCAUAUGUAGUGUGUGUAGUCAUAUUCCUUAUAUAAAAUCCCACACCAUCUCUACAGGUCCACUGUAGGUAUAUUGUUAAUGCAUCAUCAAAAAUGACAUUUAUUUGACAUUGCAGCUGUUUCUGCAGCAGUGUUAAACAUUUAUAACUAUGAUGAUCUUAAUCAGAGAUGGUCACUGCCAGUGGUUUUCAAACCAACAAAAACCCCAAGGAAUUAUAUGGAAACACACAACUCAUAAAAGCUUGGAUGUUUGGAUAUGCUAACAACAGUGACAAAGAGAAGCCCACAUCGAAGCUGUUGAGCUACAUUGGAUGCUGUCUGUAUAUGUAAUAGAU